UUAGCAAUGAAAUAAGCCUUCCCUAUAUGGUAUCAGAGCUGUAAAAGGUCUCUGUCUUCCUUUUUUUCUGUCCUUUUUUCGCUGCCCUGCUCUCCUUAUGGCGUCAAAUAUCCCUUCCUCCUCUGCAAUAACCAAAGACACUACGGUAAUUCAACUUCAUUCCAAAACCCAUUUUCCAAUCAAGUUGGUGUCCACCAAUUUUGUAAUCUGGCAACGCCAGGUUCGCUCGACUCUAAUCGGCUUGGACCUACUUGGCUACAUAGAUGGUACCAUGGUUGCUCCGCCCAUGGCUAUUUCCGGUUCCCCCAACCCGUGCUACUCUAUCUGGUUCCGCCAAGAUCAAUCCAUCGUUGGCGCGCUCCACGACAGUUGUGCUAAUGUUGUUCAACCUCUCAUAUCUACUGCAGACACAGCACACGUUGCAUGGAUAAGCCUUCACACUGCGUUCGCCAGUGCGAGCUACGGCCGAGUUGUCUCUCUCAAAUCCAAACUGGGCAACAACCCCUGUGGUGAUCGUCCAAUGGCUGAGUAUUUGUUUGACAUGCGCUCCAUAGCAAAUGAACUUGCUAUCAUUCAAAACCCUAUCUUUGAGGAAGAUCUUGUGAGUGUGUCUAAGGAACCCAAGGAAUCCUUGCACCAUUCUCCCAAGGGAACUGAUGCUUCAUUGCUGCCUACAGUCACAGGGCAGGAGGCUAAUACCAAAUGCAGUGGAGAUGUCACAAGUUCAAAGGGUUUUGUUGGUGAUCUCACCCCAGCCGAACCUAAUAAGCAAUUAGUUAUUUACCAAACUAAAGCAGCUCCUGGCUUCACCCUCUCCACCAGUCAAUCCGAAGAGUUUCCACCUCUACCACGGAAAAUACUUAGUCCUUCUGCUCCCGCCUUCGUGCCUGCUAUAUACUCCUAUGCUGCUCUUUUCACUCAGGAAGAAGGAUCGGAAGCUAUAGCAGAUUUGGAAGAUGACCCCUUUUCAAAUCUCCAUGGGCAAAGUUUGAUACUAUCCCUCAACGCAGUGGAAGAUCACGCAAAGGACAGGGAUGGACCCAUUCUAUAUACCCACUCUGAUGGGGAGGAUUUUGUGUUCAUAGAUACAAAGCUCAAACCUAUGCAAAUUGACCUCUCAAGAUGCUCCAAACACCCCUCCAUCUUCGUAAGGAACUAAAGGGUAGAAGGACGUACUCACCGUCACAAAUUGUUACAAGGAGUAAAGCUAAAAUCCUUGAGCAAGGAAGGAAAAUUAAUCCUAUCGGCUGGGUCGAAGAAGAAGACUUGUUAGGUCCCCAAGAAUCACAUGAAGAUGAGGUUAUCAAUUUUUUCAAACUUUGUUGUCCUCACAAGAAAGAAGAUCCUAAACC